GAGGGAGUUUGUGUGUGUUUAUGUGUGCGUGUGUGUGUGCGUGUGUCUGUGUGAACAGACGGUAGAGGACCACUGGGGGUGUGGAUGCAAGAGAGCGACAGAGCAGCAGCAUCCAUCUUUGCCCGUACUGUAGGCUAAGUACCCCACCACAAAUUAGCUUUGCUUCCGCGACAUCUUACCAAAUCUAAACUUACGAAUUAAUUGUAUGAUCGUUGGCGUAAGUACCAUAAUUACUGGACAGUCUACGCAGGAUUUAUUUACGUGGAUUUGUUUAUGUUUGCGUUGAAACCCUGUCUUGGAGUCGUUUAUAAAUAAACGUCAGCGUCAUGUCUAACCGAGGGCCCAGCUAUGGUCUCAGUCGUGAAGUCCAGCAGAAGAUCGACCAGAAGUACGACCCGGAGCUCGAGACCCGGCUGGUGGACUGGAUCAUCAGUCAGCUGACCAAUGGGAGCGCGGCGUCCGGGGUGGAGAAACCAUCGCCAGGGAAACAGAGUUUUCAGGAGUGGCUGAUGGAUGGCACCAUCCUGUGUCGUCUCAUCAACAGUCUCUACCCCCCGGAGACCCCGCCUGUCCGCAGGAUCACUCAGACCAAGAUGGCGUUCGGUCAGAUGGAGAAGAUCUCUCUCUUCCUCAACGCCUCGGAGACCUACGGGGUCAGCCGCAACGACAUCUUCCAGACCGUGGACCUCUGGGAAGGGAAGGACAUGGCAGCCGUUCAGCGGACUCUGGUGGCGUUGGGCAGUGAGGCUGUGACUAAGGAUGAUGGAUACUUUCAUGGCAACAGAGACUGGUUCCACAGGAAGCCGAAGGGAAAUAGGCGGAGCUUCACUGAGGAGCAGCUGCGCCAUGGGCGGAGCUACAUUGGCCAGCAGAUGGGGGGGCAUCGGGGGGCGUCACAGGCGGGCAUGACCAGUUACGGCACCCCACGCCAGAUCAUGUAGAGGGGUCUGAGGAUGGAACACGGGAACAGAGAUGAACAGAGAUGAACAACAUGUCUAGUGUUGCCAUGCCAACAUGCCUAGUGGUUUAGCAGCUGUGAUGCACACGGAGUUAUAUUGAGCUCAGCUUCAGUUUCACUUUUUAUUGAGGAAAUGAUGACCUAUAUUUAUACUUUUCUUUAUAUUUCAAACAUUAUUUCCAUGUCCUGGAAUUUUUUUUUCUAUUUUAUGUAUUUUAGUAGGAUCAUAUGUUUUUAUUUUGAUUGUUUGAUUCAAUAAUUGAUUUUCAUUUCUUGUGACACUAAUUCAGGGAUGUUAAAGUAUCUAUUUAUGGAAUGAUGUCACAUAUAAAGGUUACUGAUGUCACGAUGAUGCUCUGUUGCCAAAUUUGCCAUAAAAGUGUCUUGGCAGCAACAGCAAUCUAAAAAUCACUGUUUAAUCUGUUUGUUUUAGUAGAGUAUGGUUUAAUCAGGUUUAAUCUGAAUGUGUGUGUGCGUGCGUGCGUUUGUGUGUGUUUGCUUGAACAAGUGUUGCAUGAUAACAAAUCUCCAACGUGUGUGUGUGUGUGUGUGUUUGCUUGAACUAGUGCUGCAUGAUGAUCAAUCUCCAACAUGUGUGUGUGUGUGUGUGUGUGGGUGUGUGUUUGCUUGAACAAGUGAUGCAUGAUGAUCAAUCUCCAACGUGUGUGUGUGUGUGUGUGUGUGUGUGUGUGUGUGUGUGUGUGUGUGUGUGUGUGAGAGAGUGUGCCUGUGUGUGUGUUUGCUUGAACUAGUGUUGCAUGAUGACCAAUCUCCAACAUGUGGCCAUUAAGGCUGAUGACCCUAUAAAGAAACCUCUCAAAGAUACUGUGACUCUCAUCACAAAUAAGCUGCAUUAUUGACGAGACAAUCUGAACUGUAUGCACAAUCCAAAUUAUAUAGUAUAUAUAUAAGCCAAACAUGAAGUAUUGCGAGUUCUAUAAGUAUUACUAAGAAAUAAGAACUUCAAAGCUGGUAUCAUUAUUUGUGUUCAUUUGAAUUUUAGACUGAAAUGAUAAGAUGGCGUUGCUGUGGAAAGGGUUUUUGUAAGAGUAUACACAUGUACUAUCCACCAUGAAGAAGCAAUAAAGUUUGUUUAACACGA